AAAAUGGCGGCGGCGGCUGCACGAGCAGUUUCUGUAGGGUCCGGGCUCCGGGCCCUGCCACGAACACUGCCUCUUGUAGUGAUUCUCGGGGCCACGGGCACCGGCAAAUCCACCCUGGCGUUGCAGCUAGGCCAACGGCUCGGUGGCGAAAUCGUCAGCGCUGACUCCAUGCAGGUUUAUGAAGGCCUGGACAUCAUCACCAACAAGGUUUCUGCCCAAGAGCAGAGAAUAUGCCAGCAUCACAUGAUCAGCUUUGUGGAUCCUCUCGUGACAAAUUACACAGUUGUGGACUUCAGGAACAAGGCAACUGCUCUGAUUGAAGAUAUAUUUGCCCGAGACAAAAUUCCUAUUGUCGUGGGAGGAACCAAUUAUUACAUUGAGUCUCUGCUCUGGAAAGUUCUUGUCAAUACUAAGCCCCAGGAGGUGGGCACUGAGGUGAUUGACCGGAAAGUAGAGCUUGAAAAGGAGGAUGGCCAUGUACUCCACAAACGCCUCAGCCAGGUGGACCCAGAAAUGGCUGCCAAGUUGCACCCACAUGACAAGCGCAAAGUGGCCAGGAGCUUGCAAGUGUUUGAAGAAACGGGAAUCUCUCAUAGUGAAUUUCUUCAUCGUCAACAUGCAGAGGAAGGUGGUGGUCCCCUUGGAGGCCCUCUGAAGUUCCCUAACCUUUGCAUCCUCUGGCUUCAUGCUGACCAGACAGUUCUAGAUGAGCGCUUGGAUAAGAGGGUGGAUGACAUGCUUGCUGCUGGGCUCUUGGAUGAACUAAGAGAUUUUCACAGACGCUAUAAUCAGAAGAAAGUUGCAGCAAAUAGCCAGGACUAUCAACAUGGUAUCUUCCAAUCCAUUGGCUUCAAGGAAUUUCACGAGUACCUGGUCACGGAGGGAAAAUGCACACCAGAGACUAGUAACCAGCUCCUAAAGAAAGGUAUUGAGUCUCUGAAACAAGUGACUAAGAGAUAUGCCCGGAAGCAAAACCGAUGGGUUAAAAACCGUUUUUUGAGCAGACCGGGUCCCAGUGUCCCCCCAGUAUAUGGCUUAGAAGUAUCUGAUGUCUCGAAGUGGGAAGAGUCUGUUCUUGAACCUGCUCUUGACAUCGUGCAAAGUUUCAUCCAGGGCCACAAGCCUGCAGCUGCUCCAGUAAAGAUGCCAUACAAUGAAAUGGAGAACAAGAGAAGUUAUCACAUGUGUGACCUCUGUGAUCGAAUCAUCAUUGGGGACCGUGAAUGGGCAGCACAUAUAAAAUCCAAAUCCCACUUGCACCAACUGAAGAAGAGAAGAAGAUUGGACUUGGAUGCUGUAGCUACUGUAGAAAAUCAGAGUAUUUCUCCAGACCGUGACAAAGAGCUUAAAGAGAAAGGAUCCCCAGGGCAGAAUGAGAAAGAGCUGAAGUCUGGUGUUUAAAGAGACAAGUCCAGUAGCCUUUGCACAGGUAGGGACCCAGUUCAGGAGGGAGGGUUAUGUCUGUAUCCCUGUCUGGACUGAGGAGUGCUAUGCAGAAAGCCCCCACCAUUUUCUUUCUUUGGUGGUAUAGUUUUAAAGUCUCCUGCUCUCUGUCAUGGGAACAGCAGGUCUUGUUAGCUUCUUGUUUGGCUCAUGUGCCUGGUAAUGAUGAUUUGGGGAAGGAAUUUUUUUUCUUUCAACCUUAAAGGUUCUAUUUUUGAAAGAGGCACAGAUUGCACUUUUUAAUACUUGAGGAUCUUUUUGGUAAUGAAUACCUGAAUUUCCUAUAUCCCUUAAAAAAAGUUUUAUGUCCCUGACUCUGGCUAAAAAUAUCUCAUUUUCAGAUACUUUUAUAAAAGAUGACUGAAGUAUUGUGAGCCACAAAUCAGGAGUUCUGGAUUUGGGUGAAUGACAGGAAAGCCCCAGCCCCAGUGAGAUGAUUAAGUGACCUCAACCAGUUCUUGGAAUUCCACUGAGAAGGAGAGAAGGAGGUGGUCAUGACGUGGCACUUGAAAACGAGACUUUAACAUUUGUUGAGGUCCUCCUGUGUGAUAAUUACUAUCACUGCUGUCUUUCUAUUGAGUUAGGA